AGGGCAAUUCCGAAAUUGUUUCAGUUUCCAAUGCGAGGCGUCAGCGACUGGUAUGCCAUUUAUUGGACGACAGGAUACCGCUGCGCUACCGUAGGUGCUGCUUCGCGAUCACAUGCCGCUUGACAGUUCAGCAAGGAUCAGGUACCAUGUCGUGAUGCAUGACCUAACUGUGACUGGGAGAUGUAUCUCGCCAUCGAUAGGAUAGGUAUUAGAUGGGGUUUCGUAGUGUUUUUGCUUGAAGUGAGUUCGUAUAAGUAGUAAUUCCGAACAAUGUAGGCCUAAAAAUGAUGAUCACAAAGGUGUAGGUGAUCCUAUGACGCGGGUGGAUCGAGUUCUCAAUUGCACGGCUCACGCGGCUCCUGAUUGAGCAAGAGAUGGAUAUCGCAUUUCCCUAGCUUUCGGCGACUUCUCUUCCUUUGACUUGAUCCUAUACUACUGGAUCCCACCUACGAACAGCGACGUAUUGUAUUGUACAACACCAUUACUGAGCACGAUCGGCCAUGGCGUCACGACGGACAGUUCUAAGACUUGCGCAGACAUCUGCUUUUCCGGCAAGACCUCCGACUCCCCGAUAUGUCCGGGUUGCGACACCGUCCACUCUGACCCGACGAUAUCAAACCGACAGCCAACACCGUCAGCCAUUUAACUCUUCGGGCGGCGCCCGACGGUCCUUUGUGCCGAUUUCUGGCCGGCUGCCGUCUCCAGGCAGCAGCAGCUCCUCCGGCGCAUCGGUACGGAGGUAUUCUUCAGAACGAGCCAAGCAAGAACCCGCGGAGAACAAGAUCUGGGACUUUGAGGCGCUCCAGAAACUGAUAACCAGCCCGGAGCGCCCCUCCAUCACUAUUAUCGACGUGCGCGAACCCUCUGAGCUCCAAGAAACAGGGCGUAUCCCAGGCGCCAUCAACAUUCCGAUCAAGUCUGCGCCCGACAGCUUCCACAUUUCAGACGAGGAGUUCGAGGACCGGUUCGGGCACUCACGCCCGGCGCGCGACGCAGAGGUUGUCUUUUACUGCAAGGCCGGAGUACGCAGCCGGGGCGCGGCCGGGUUAGCCAGGGAGGCCGGGUGGACCAAUGUCGGUGAAUACCCCGGCAGUUGGCUUGACUGGUUUGAGAAGGGAGGGAAGGUGGAGAGGAAUGGCGAAAGGUAAGGGAAUCUACUUGAGUAAGCUUGGUUCAAAACAAGCCAACAAAGGGUAUCUUAAGGCGCCAGUGGGGUGACAAUCUAUGUCAUGAUGCUGCUAAGAGUACUCGAAUGAACAAACCGCCCGGCCCGACCCUCAAACGCCUGAUGUCUUGCAAUGCAGAUGUACUUGUACAUAGAGAUCCGGCCUAUCCCCUAGCACGCCGUAACCAUGCCCUCCUUUCCUUCAAAACAACCGCCCGGGCUCUGGUGUCGUCUUG